AUGAGAGAUGGAUGUUAUACUGUGUCGCAACUCAUGGAUAUGGGGAAACAAAUGCUGGGGAGACGCCAUGUUAUGACCGACGUUUUCCAGACGUUACAUGAAGUACAAGUCGAAGGCACUUUUCCAGACGGCACGUACCUAGUCACAGUGCAUGAUCCAAUCUGUACAGACAACGGCAAUUUAGAAAUGGCUCUGUACGGAACAUUCUUUCCAAUACCUACUGAAGAAAAGUUCCCCUUGCCUGACGAUAAAAUUGAAGAUUAUCAUAAACCAGGAGCCAUUAUUGUAAAACCAGGAAAGAUUGAAUUGAAUGUUGGAAGGAGGCGCAUCUCACUUGCUGUCACAAACUUUGGUGAUCGUCCAAUUCAGGUCGGAUCUCAUUAUCAUUUUAUAGAAGUCAACUCGGCACUUCAUUUCAACAGAGCUUUAUCGUAUGGUAUGAGACUUGAUAUUCCAGCUGGGUCUGCCAUACGUUUCGAGCCGGGAGAUUUCAAAACGGUCACACUAGUAGAGAUUGGAGGCCAUAAGGUUAUUACAGGAGGCAACAAUAUUGCAUCAGGACCCGUCGACCUUAUGCGCUUACCAGAGAUCAUCAACACUUUAGGUAUCAAAGGAUUCAAGAACGAUUCCAAAGCGCCUCUUUUACCAGCACCUGAAACGAACUCUCUGGACAGGAAAUACUAUGCGGAUCAUUUUGGCCCCACGACAGGCGACCUGGUACGCUUGGGCGACACUGAGUUGUGGGCACGUGUUGAAAUGGAUUUCACAGUGUAUGGUGAUGAAUGUAAAUUUGGCGGCGGAAAAGUACUACGUGAAGGCAUGGGACAAGCAACUGCUCGAUCAGACGAAGAAGUGCUUGAUCUCGUCAUUACCAAUGCAAUGAUUAUCGAUUAUACAGGCAUUUAUAAGGCAGACAUCGGUAUUAAAAAGGGCAUCAUUGUGGGUAUCGGAAAGGCGGGCAAUCCAGAUGUAAUGGAUGGCGUUACACCAGGCAUGAUAGUGGGCGCUUGUACAGAAGCCUUGGCAGGCGAAGGCAAAAUAUUCACAGCAGGUGGUAUUGAUUCCCAUGUUCAUUAUAUCUGUCCUCAAAUGUGUUACGAAGGAUUAGCUAGUGGUAUUACAACCUUGAUCGGUGGAGGAACGGGUCCAAAUACGGGUACCAAUGCAACCACUUGUACGCCAGGCAAUCAUCAUGUAGAAAUGAUGAUGAAAGCUACAGACGAUAUUCCUUUAAACUUUGGUUUCACAGGUAAAGGCAAUAGUUCAAACCAGGCAGAAUUGGUCGAGCAGAUUAGGGCUGGCUGUCUCGGUCUGAAAUUACAUGAAGAUUGGGGAACUACACCUGCUGCCAUCGAUUCCUGUCUUCAAGUAUGCGAUGAGCUAGAUGUCCAGGCUACAAUUCACACUGAUACAUUGAACGAAGCUGGCUUUGUUGAAACAACACUUGAUGCCUUCAAGGGAAGAACCAUCCAUACUUACCACAGUGAGGGUGCUGGCGGAGGGCACGCACCAGACAUUAUAACGGUCUGUAGCGAGCCCAACGUUCUUCCUUCAUCUACCAAUCCAACGCGUCCAUUUACUUGCAACACAUUGGAUGAACACGUUGACAUGUUAAUGGUGUGUCAUCACUUAUCCAAAACCAUCCCUGAAGAUGUCGCAUUUGCUGAAAGUAGAAUUCGAGCCGAAACAAUUGCUGCUGAAGAUGUGUUACAUGAUAUUGGGGCUAUCAGUAUGAUCAGUUCAGAUUGUCAAGCUAUGGGCAGAAUUGGUGAAGUUAUCCUUCGUACGUGGAAAACGGCUAGUAAGAUGAAACAGCAACGAGGAAAGUUGCCUGAAGAUAUGGAUGAGGAAGGCGAUAAUUUCAGAAUUCGUAGAUACAUCGCCAAAUAUACUAUCAAUGUCGCCUUGGCUCAUGGUAUUGGUCACCUUGUUGGCUCUAUUGAAGUCGGCAAAGUAGCUGAUUUGGUUUGCUUCACACCAGAAUACUUUGGUUCAAAGCCUGAAUUGAUAUUAAAGGCCGGUAUCAUUGUGUGGGGUCAGAUGGGGGACGCGAACGGAUCCAUUCCUACAACCGAGCCUACCAUCUCUCGACCCAUGUAUGGUGCUUAUGCUUCAAGCUUAUCGUUCUCUUGCAUGGUUUUUGUCUCUCAAUUGUCAAUUGAUGAAGGUGUCAUUGAGAAAUAUAACCUGAGAAAGAGAGCGGAAGCAGUGAAAGGAUGCCGUACUGUCACUAAACGGGACAUGAAGUUGAAUGACGCGAUGCCUAAAAUCACAGUAGACCCUGAAACUUACAGAGUACAAGCAGAUGGGGUAGAUUGUGUAUGUGAACCAGCGACAACCCUACCAUUGACCCAAUCAGUCUAUUUAUUCUAA